GUUGUAAACAGCAACCAAACCUGAACGGGCAUCGCAACGCCAAAUGCAACGAAAAUGACAGUGAAAUUCCCUAUUUGUCGGAUGCUAAAGGGCUAUUUAUAGACAUGGAAGCGCAUCAAGAAAUGGUCCCUCUACAUGACAAGCUCUAGACUCUUUUUUUUUAAAGGAUGUGCUGCUAGUUUGAAUGGAAAUUUGUCAAAAGCCGUUCCUUGAACGCCGGGAAACAAAGUUAAAUGACUUUCGAUGAGCCGCCGCAAACAGAGAGGCCGUUUAAAGCCUUAUCAAUGUCGGAUUUGAAUUGAUAUGGGUCAAGACCUAACAAAAUCUUCUAAAGUUUACGACGAAUUGACUAUGAGCUCCAUAAGUACACCUGGUGUUACGAACAGUACUCAACCGUCCACAAGAUUUUCAGAAUGUGAGCAAAAAAGUCUAGUUCAGGCCUUCCACAAAUUGGCAUCUCUUUCUCCCAAGGAUGACUGCAUUGAUAGGAGAACAUUUGAGCACUAUUUUCCACUUGGUGGGAUUCUAGGAGGAAGGCUGUUUACGUCAUUUGACAAGAACCAGAAUGGAGUUAUUGAUUUGAAUGAAUUUUUAGAGGGUAUGUCUAUGUGCUUAGAAGGCUCUAAUGAUGACAAGUCACAAAUUGCUUUUGACAUGUUCAACCUAGAUGGAUCAGAUGGUGUAUCUGCAGGGGAAAUGUAUAUUGCUAUCAAGUCUGUUCUCUCUGCAACAACCAGGACAGUGAAUGGAAAAUGUGAAGAUAAUCAGCCAGGUGAUGUCACUAUUGACGAGGCGCGUGUAGAUCGCGUGGCUCGCCGAAUCGUACACGACGCUUUCACCAACCAGACUACUUCUGUGGACAAGGAUAACAAACUUUCUGUGCAAGUGUUCAAAUCGUGGAUGGAGUGUCAUCCCUUCUUGCUCGACUCCAUCUUCGGUCAGUCGUGCUUGAAGGACAAGACAGCUCAGUUCACACGCCUAGAGGAGGAAAAGCGUGCUCCAGAUGAAGGGAAGAGGCGUGUAUAUGGAUCCACAGAAGUUCGAAAGCAAACUUGGAUCCACCUAGAUGACAUGAAACCCCCUGAAACGGACAACGAGCCCCUGUUCGAUAGUAGCUACGCCUCAGCACAAUACCUUUGGAGCCCAGUUUUUCCACAGAGCAAACAGAAGCCUCGCAGUCGUAGCAAACUUGCAGCGUGUCUCCUGCAUGAUAGCUUGUACAUGUACGGGGGACGCGGUGCGUGCUCGUCGCUUAAAGACCUCUGGAGAUAUGACAUUGGUGACAAUGCGUGGAUGUCCGUACCAUCAUCAGGCGAUAAUCGACCCCCAUCUCUGCAGGAGCACACCAUGACAGCCUUUAAGGAGAAGUUGAUUAUAUUUGGCGGAGAGUUCACUUCUUCUACGGAAACUCCCUUGUGGAUGUUUGAUACAACGAGUUUGAGUUGGAGCCGAUCAUUUCAAAGGGGGCCCGUGAAUCGCAAAUCUCACUCAGCUGUUGUAUGCGGGGAUUGCCUCUUCAUUUUCGGUGGCUAUAUCGACAUAAGAGGUGCUACUAACGAGCUCUGGAAAUAUGACAUUGGUACUGACAAGUGGUCACGUGAGAGAAGUAGGUCGAGCCAGUGGCCGAGCCCUCGGUACUCGCACUCUGCUGCGGUGUUCGACAAGAGCAUGGUUGUAUUUGGUGGGUUGGAAGAGCUGCAGUGCAAAAACGACCUGUGGCUCUGGAAUAUUGCGGCAAAGAAGUGGACUCGGAUCAAAGCUAAGGGCUCCCCUCCACCUAUCUUUGGACACACUGCCGCUAAGGUGGGUGACGGCAUGCUCGUGUUUGGGGGCGAGUCAACAGAUGGCACCCUAUAUAAUCACUUGUGGAGGUUUGACUUUGAUUUACGCAGCUGGACUGCCAUCUCCACUCGUGGGUUGAUCUACCCUCCGGCUCGCAGUCAUCAUUCCAUUAUCACCAUUCCUGAUUUUCUCAUCUCUUCGUUCCGCCCCACGUCUGCUCACUCAGCUCCACCCUGCACCCCGGCAUUAGAUAGGGAAGAUUCAUUGUCCCUGGAAGCGGUCCGUACAGACUCAACGUUCUUAGCAACCGCGAACCGAUUAUCCUUAGCAACCACAGUUGAGAUCGUGAAGCGUUUACGGGUUCGACCUGAAUCAGCCAUGACCCUCGUGUCCGAUCGUGCCCGAGAAUCAUCUGGCUCUUUAGGAUCCCUGUCUUCAGCGGCGAAGGUGCUUGACACAGAGAAUCGACGAAAUCACGUGACUUCCGGUUCGCUCGACUCUUUGAUAAGUGAGCUGGAUCCUGGUCACGUGGAGACGCUAUCGAUGGUGAAUCACGGGGUAGACAUGAGUCCAUCUUCCUCUGUUACCCAGAACCCGCUUGGACAAAACACAUGCACUGCUGCUAAUGAUAAUCAAGGCAGAGGCGAGGUCCCGGAUGCACAUCACGUGACAAGUUUUACCGGUACUAGCAAAGCAAAGACUAUAGCACCCAAUGUGAUAAAUAAACACUGCGUGCAGUUGUUGCAAGAUGUGGCGACAACGAGUGCAGGAGAUAGGCGAAAUAUACAGCAACCCCCUCAAGCUCUGCUUAAACCAGUAAGCGCCCAAGACCUCUCCCCAGGGCAGGGGCCUGCAAGGGUGUUCCCACCAGUAGUAAAGAACAGUGGAAUUGUAUAUUUGAUGGUGCUGGGAGGCUUGUCCAAGCGCGUGGAUAGCUAUGGCAAAUCCAUCGACAUGUGGAGGUGUCAGAUCGAUCCAGAGAUCACCGCCCUGCUUUCUGUCGUUCCAGUGAAACGCUCACCCAAGUCAGUGCGCAAGAUCCUAGUCCAAGGCACGACUAAAAGUUCCCCUACAACGGUCAGCGGGGAGUACAGCAGGCUCGAAGUGGCAUGUGAUGCGUUUGAGAGCGAUGACGAAGCCCCAAGUGAGUGCGUGCUAAUGGAUGUGUCUGACAGCGACAGUUUGGAUGUUCCGCUGGUCUCCCGACAACGGACAAGUAACACGUCAAGUAAAACCGAUACGUAGCCGAUGGUAGGUGAAUAGACAUUGUAUAUACAUUUAUAUUUUGUAUAAAUCUAUAUUAUAUACGUAUAUAAAUGUCACUAGAAUCGUUUUUUUAUUCUCUUUGGAGACCCUUUCGGAGACCCUGCGGGCCUUAAUGACUGUACUGUACUUUCCGGCGGGUCUCUCGCGGGGCUGGAUUCUUGAGCAUGUUUUUUUUUUCAUCUUCUUUCUUUUUUAUGGUGUUUUAUUAAUUCCAAUUUUUCAUUUGCCAUUUCAUAGUCGUUUAUAAAAAAGAGAGGUGAUAUGAUGUGGUAUGUGUAAUUAAUCACAAUGUGGAUUUUCAAUAUUAUUAUACGUGAUCUAGGGGACAAAAUUCGUCCACUUUUUCUUAAACCUCGUCCCAAGGGCCUUGGUAAUUUUUCAAAUUAAGGCGAGAUUAUUUCUUCUCAAUGGUGCUGUAAGGCUAAGUUCAAGCGUCGUAUUAUCCACGAGCCGUAUUCAAUGCAAAUGCAUGCACACGAAGAUGAAACGAUCGACCAGAUUCAUUUGAGCAAGAAAGCUCAAAAUAAAAACUUAAGAGGCAAAUAAUAUUCUAUGCGUUACUUUCAAAAGCUACAAUUCUAUAUAUAUUCUAUAUAUUUCGAUUAUGACAGAUAUAUACCAUACAAAAUGUGUGUUAUGGUUACUCGUGCUCCUGACUCGUCCCCAGGCUCUCGACAGGGAAACAAAGCUUUUCGCUCUGUAUCAUGGGAAGGAUUGUCGUUUCGUCAAAAACAUAGUGAGGGUAAAUAAAUCGCAAAGGACCAUGGGAAGAGUUAACGAUUCACAAAGGAACAUGGGAAGGGUAAACGAUUCGCAAAGGAACAUUUCUUUAUCCUUCCCAGUAUGCCUUACGUGCUCGUCGCUCGUACGCAGCCCGGGAACGAGGCAGAUAGUGCUCACCGGCAAGGGCAUUGUAAAACCGCUGAAUUUUUUGAAAAAUGCAAAACCGGUAGAUUCUGUGGAAUAGAUUUCUGGAGCGUUACCUGUUUUGUAUUAGCUCCAACGACACGAAAAUAUAGGGGGACUUUGUAUCUUUCAUUUUUUUUAUCCCCCAGGGAAACGAAAUAUAUAUUGGUUUGUUAGACGUGCAAAUAAGCGUCCAAUUAAAAGAUUAUAUAUUUUUCAAUAAAUACAUAACAUCAUU